AUGCUGCAGACGCAAGAGGAUGCAUCGACUCUCACAAGCUCGAAAGAGCUGCUGGACCUCCUAGAGCAGUAUCAGAGCUCAGUCGCUCCUUCGACCCCACAGGACGACACGACAACACGCGAGAUCGAGGCGUACAGCAAUCUCGAAGCUCAUCUUGGACGAUUGAGUCAACUGCUGGCCCGCGAUGCUUCUCAACGGCAUGCUCUUGUGGCGUCCGGGGCGCUGACCUGCAUCUUGGAAUCGUUGAGUGCGUUCUUCCCUUUCUUUCAAAGCAUGCAAGACGCACGACCACGUCCAGUGGCACACGAUCAGCAGGACCUUCUAGACGGCCAACACGAUGUCAGCACCGAGGGAGAACACCGCGAUUCAUACCAACGUGCCUGUCAGGUAGCCACGCUGUACUUGCGUAUCAUUCGCAACGCUAUGGCGGGAUGCUCUGAUGCCCAGCACCUCGUUGGCCGUCGAUUCGAUCUCGUGGCCCCUUUCUUGGACAACCUCACUCGCUUUCACACCUUGAACGAUCCCGAUGCAGCGCUUCUGUCUCGGUCGGCAGUGCAAAUGCUCUCCAACUUGAUCACCGCCAACCACGAAGUGCAAUCCACCAUGUGGCCCCGCAUCGUCAUCACCAACACAGAUCAGGACAAAUUGGUCCUCAAGUUCCUUUCGUCGCCCGACACAGCCACCCAGAGCGCAGCACAGAUCUUGCUUAUCAACUUUCUCCGAACGGCGACCUCGACCGAAGCUGCCCACGUGCGAUGCUAUGAGCUCUGUACCUCUGCUGCAGGCCUACAGCUGCUUCAAUCGCUGCUUAGCACGUCCGAGAGCAUCAUGCUCCGCACUUCUUCGGCGACACACGAUGGAUCGAAUCAGGAUUACGAACCGGAAUCAGAGACCGAAGGGCUGGAAGAGUCGCUUGGGUUUAUCUACACCAUCUUUGCCCUUCUGUUCGAGCGCGGCUAUAGUUCGAUACUCGUCUCUGAAUUGGCACCGUUGGAGGAGAUUUCGGGAUUCGAGUCGGAUCGACCCGUCCUCUCAAGCGCGCAACUGACGCUGCUCAAGCUGCUCGACAGCUGGCUGCAUCUCGAGCAGAAGAAAGUUGCAGAGUCGUCUGCUGAUGGCGCUGUGUUUGAUCUAUCAAGUGCGUUUGACGGGAUCGAAGCAGGCCGUCAGGGUGCUGGCCUCGCCGGGCUGAUGGAUACCUUCGUCCACCUGUCACGAUUCGCUCGCACUGCCAUGGCGAGCGGCAUAGCCAAGGACGGCACAUCGCCAGACCAGCAACCGCAGGACCGAAGGCUCAUCGGCGUCCACCACGGCCUGCUGUUGCUUCUGCAGAGUCUGCUUUCGAUCAGCAUGACCGCAGACGGAUGGAGCGACGAUGUACAGGACGGUGUGGCAGCGGUGAAGUUCGGCGAAGUCUCGCGUGCUCUUCUGUCAGAAAUGCGGGGGAGUCAAGCCUUUGUCGAUGAGCUCGUUGCGCUUCUCGACCAGACGCACCAGUAUGCACCUGCGCUAUCACCGUUCCGACCGUCCGAUGUCGAGACAGGUGCUCCCGACGCGCGGCGGCCGCUGCCUCAAGGCCACGCGCUGUCCUCCACCGGCCGCGCCGCACACGAAUCCAAUCAUCACGCUACACCCAGCUACGGCUUCGACCACCUCAAGCGCGACAUUGUGCGCGUCCUCGGCUCGCUCGUCUACGCCCCCACGGCUGCCACCAGCACCAAGGACACACACUCGCAGCUGGACCCGAGCACGAGCAGCAGCAGAGACGCCACCCUGGCGUGGACGAGGACUCAGAUCCGCCAGGUGCAAGACUGGGUCCGCGACCGAGGCGGGCUCUUCCACGUGCUCAACAUGACCGUGCUCGACGAGCGCAACCCCUAUAUGCGGGAACACGCGAUCUUUGCGCUGCGGUACCUGCUGGCGGGCAACGCCGAGUCGCAAAACCUGGUCCGCUCGUUGCAGCCAGCACAGACGCAGCCGCAGCCGCGGGACGGUCCGGGCGGGGUGCCGUUGCCCAUGGUGUGA